AUGGACCCAUUCACUCAACUACCUGCAGAACUGAACCAACAAAUCCUCACUCAUAUCGCCGAUUUUGCCGCUAUAGAAAACCUCAUAUCCGUAUCCUCUCAAGUCCACGCUGUCUUCCGGGCUCAACCCUCCAUUAUACAUGCCCUCUUACUGGCAAACCCUAUUACCAGUUUCCCGGAGAUACAGAGACUAUGCUACAACAUCAGCCUUGUUCAUACCUCGCAUUACACGGAUUUUGCGCACAGCCAACAAGUAUAUGAGGGCACGCCAAAUCUGGAUUACAGGGCAUCACUCGGCAUCAUCCACCUAGCUGCCGAAAUACAGCGCCUUGCCUGUGCUUGCCUAUCGCUUAUGCAGCAGAAUUUUGUCUCUACCCUCAGUGAGAUACCAGUCGGAUCUCUGAGCGGACCUGAGCGCGCAGAAAAAGCGCGGAAGCCCUUCUCAUGGAUUGAAGAAUACCGCACAUACUGUUCCUUCUUUCAUCUCCAACACUAUUCGGCCUUUCGCAAAGCUGCAACAGAAAGCUGGAAUUGGCCUACACAAUCAAUUUGGGACCUAGACGCAUACAGUGUCUGGAAUGAAAUACCUGGCGGAGACAACGAGCCAAUCUGGACGAUUGCCGCCCUUCUGUCAGACUUAGGCCUCACCCCAUCCUACUGCACUACGCCGCGGAGCUAG